AAUCGGUCCCUACCCUCCAUUGGCUUUGUAUAACCUUUCCAAAACAUGAUUUGUAAAAUAAUAAUAAAAAAACCACUCCGGACCUCUCCCAUGGCGUCUCUCGUGACCUUCUUUUUAUCUACUCUUUUUGUCACGGUCACUAUCGUGAGCUCGGAGACGCUGUGCCGGAAUUUCGAGUCGAUCAUCAGCUUCGGCGAUUCGAUUGCCGACACGGGAAACUUGGUCGCUCUCUCUGACCAUAACCAUCUUCCCGGGCCAGCGUUUCCGCCGUACGGAGAAACCUUCUUCCACCACCCAACUGGCCGUUCCUGCGACGGCCGCAUCAUCAUAGACUUCAUCGCUGAAUUUUUGGGGCUUCCUUAUGUGCCUCCUUACUUUGGAUCUAAAAAUGGAAACUUUGAGAAAGGAGUUAAUUUUGCUAUAGCUUCAGCAACGGCAUUGGAAAGCUCUAUUUUUGAGGAGAGAGGGUUUCAUAUUCCUUACAGCAACAUCAGUUUAGGAGUUCAGCUAAAGAGCUUCAAGGAGAGUUUACCAAAUCUAUGUGGCUCGCCUUCAGAUUGUAGAGAUAUGAUUGGAAAUGCUUUGAUUCUCAUGGGAGAAAUUGGAGGGAAUGAUUAUAAUUUCCCAUUCUUCCAACGCAAACCUGUUAAGGAAGUCGAAGAGCUAGUUCCGCUGGUAAUCAACACUAUUUCUUCUGCAGUCACGGAGUUGAUUGCUAUGGGAGGCAGAACCUUUCUUGUGCCCGGAAAUUUCCCUAUAGGAUGCUCAGUGAUCUAUUUGACAUUAUAUCAGACAUCAAACAAGGAAGAAUAUGAUCCAUUAACAGGAUGUCUAAAAUGGUUGAAUAAUUUUGGAGAAUACCACGAAGAGCAGCUUCACGCAGAACUCAACAGACUCAGGAAGCUCAACCCUCAUGUCAAUAUUAUAUACGCUGACUACUACAAUGCUCUGUUGCGCCUUUUCCAAGAACCAGCCAAAUUCGGGUUCGGGAACAGACCUUUCCCUGCUUGUUGUGGUAUUGGAGGACCGUACAACUUCAGCCUCAAUAGAAAUUGUGGGAGUGUCGGAGUGAAAUCGUGCAAUGAUCCUUCAAAGUAUGUGGGGUGGGACGGUAUUCAUAUGACUGAGGCUGCAUACAAAUUGAUAGCUGACGGAAUACUCCAAGGCCCGUAUGCGAUUCCUCCUUUCAAUUGGUCUUGCCUCAACUCCGAGACUAACAAGAAAUCAUUAGACACAGAUUAUUCUUUGAUCAACAUUGAUACAACCUUGUCUAAAACUUUGAGACAAGAGUGAUAAUGAGAAAAAACAUAUAUAUAUAUAUAUAUCUGUACUUAAUUGUGUUGUUGUUUAAGAGAGAGUGGUUUAGGUGUUACUAGCUAAAUCAUGUGGUAUCGUUAGAGA